AUGACCCUAUUUCAUUUUGGAAAUUGCUUUGCGUUGGCGUAUUUCCCUUACUUUAUAACAUACAAGUGCAGCGGGCUUUCUGAGUACAAUGCUUUCUGGAGGUGUGUCCAAGCUGGAGCUACCUACCUGUUUGUCCAGCUCUGCAAAAUGUUGUUCCUUGCCACCUUUUUCCCCACCUGGGAAGGAGGAGCUGGAGUCUAUGACUUUGUAGGGGAAUUUAUGAAAUCAACAGUGGACCUUGCAGACCUUUUGGGAUUGCAUCUUGUCAUGUCACGUAAUGCUGGCAAAGGAGAGUACAAAAUCAUGGUGGCUGCUAUGGGCUGGGCAACUGCUGAACUUGUAAUGUCAAGAUGUCUUCCUCUGUGGGUCGGGGCCAGGGGGAUCGAGUUUGACUGGAAAUAUAUCCAGAUGAGUUUUGACUCUAAUAUUAGUUUGGUCCAUUAUAUUGCCAUGGCAGCAGUAGUGUGGAUGUUUACACGCUAUGACCUCCCCAAGAGCUUUAGGCUCCCUGUUACUGUUCUUCUGGCACUCUGUGUCUAUAAGUCCUUCAUCAUGGAAUUGUUCAUCCACGCCUUUCUCUUGGGCAGCUGGACCGUGUUGUUGGUGAAAGCUGUGCUGACCGGAGCCAUCUCUCUCUGCUCACUUUUCCUCUUUGUCACCCUGGUGCACAGUAACUAA